AUGGCGGCGGCGGCGGCAGACACAGCCCAGGCCCCGUCCCCAGGCCCGGCCCCGUCCUCGCCCCCAUCCCCGUCCCCGUCCCUAGCCCCAACCCUCUCCGAGGACUCAGCGCAGGACUCAGCUCCGGACCCGGCGACGCUGCCGCUGCCGCAGCUGCGGGCCCUGCUGCAGGAGCUCAGCCAUGCCACCGCCAUGCUCAAGGUCGAGAUGGAAACGCUGGAGAAAUGGUACUGCAGGCUGGAGCCGCAGAGCCAGUCGCUGCACCUGCUGGCGGACACGCGGGACUCCUCGCCCGAGGUGAUGCAGAUCCGUAGCAGGCACAAAUCCAAGUCACGUGGUCCAUCAGAGCGUUUUCUGGGCCUGACAGUGGAGCAGAAAUGUGAGCUGGUGGAGCGGGAGCUGGAGGAAACAAAGGAUGAGAUUCAGAAGAUAGAGGAGGACUCUGAGCAGACCCUUCAGGACCUUGAGGCAGCCAUGGAAGAAGCAGAUGUUUGGUGGGCUGAGGUUAAAAAAGCCAUCAGUGACUUUGACAAAGAAAUCAGCACCCUCUCCCAGAAGAAGGGUGGUACUGUGGCUUYUGAGAAGCUGCUGAGAUACCUGGAGGAGAGGAACCACCAGAGGGAUCUGCUGAAAGAAAAGUUACGCCUGAAAAAUGAUUCACUCAGGAGCUACAAGAAAAAGCUGCAGCAACAGCUCAGGCAGAAGGAGCACAUGGGAGAGACGUUCCGUGAAGUCCGUUUCGAGCAGCUGCAAAUUAGAAACAUGCAGUACCAGGAGAAGAUUGAGGAGAAGAAUGAAGAGCUGCUGCAGCUAAARCUGACCUCAGGAAAGACUGUCCAGGCUCUCAACCUCUACAAAAGGAGGCUGCAGGAUGCCAUGGAAACAUCAGUGUGCCUGACGAAAGACAUCUCCCAGAGGAAGGAGCUGCUGGAGAAGAUYGAAAGAGAAACYRUUGUGGUGGARGAGGAACGAGCCAAAGCUGAGAGCCUGAAUAAGCAGCUGCGAAGGCAGCUCUCAGAUUACCGAGUUCCCCCUGUUCUGAGGUACGUGCAGGAGAAGAUGGCCAUCAGUGACCUCCAAAACAGCCUCAAGGCUUGGGAGAGGAAGGUGUCGAUUGCUGAGAUGUCCUUGCAAAGCUACCGCAGAGCAUGGAACCGGGUCAAGAUGACCAGUAAGCAGCACUAGAUGGGUCCCAUGCUGUAGGACAGCUAGUGGAAGCUGCAGAAAGAGGCCAAAGAGGGUUUGCUGUCAAGUGGGUGGGU